AUGCCGGCCCUCGCGGCCCGCCGCGGCCUGGCGAUCGCCGUGGACACCCGCUGGCAGCUGUCCAAAGACGGCGUCGCGCGCAUCAGACACUCGGCGGCGAGUCGGCUCCUCAGCGGCAGCAGCGCCGACGGCGCCCGCAGCAGGGCCUGCGGCAGCUGCGCCGGCGACUCCGGCCGCGCCGCGGCCAAGCCGGCGCCCGCCCAGCGUGCUGGCAAAGGCGAGCUCGAUGAUGACGCCUCCACCCGGUUUUCGAGGCAGCUGUCCGCCGGCUCAACGUCGAUGGGCCUCUCGCGGCAGGUCUCGACCGGCUCGGCCAGCUCCUGGCCGCCUAACGACUGGUCCGUGGAAUCUCAGACCUUGCGCUGCCUGGUUGCCGAGCAGCGCGUGUGCAGGAUCCAGGAGCGCCCGUUCGUCGGGGCUCAGUGA